AUGCAAAACUCGCUCACAACAAACCAGCCAGUUCGUCCACAACAAUCGCAAGUAGUACAAACUUUCGAGCAUCAGCAAACGAACUAAUAGCUUAUGAUAUCAGUAAGGUUUUAAUGUAUAAAUGUUUCAUUCAGCAUCACCCUUUUUCAUCCUCACUGCAGCGGCUCAGGCCAUCAGGCCUUCCUUAGGGAUGUUUAUCAGCCAUAACUAUCCACGCUGGCCCAAUGCGGAUUGGAGGGUGUUCGGUUAAUGACCGAACACUGCAUCAUAUGCAUUUUACAUAAUUUAGGUAAAUAAUCGCGGCUCGUGGCGAAAAGUAGGUCACCGCCAGCCAGCCUGUAGUUAGAUAUGUUUUUCAGUAGAACAUUUCGACCCCAUUAAAGGUUGGAUGUUACCUCAAUACAAACAUUAUUUUUACUUUAUCCUCCCCUACGCUACGCAUACUCAUCCCCGAACAGAGGGUACAACGACUGCACAUGUCGCCUGAACCAACAGCUUAAUGCUUCCAAGUCACAGAGUAUCGUUUUAUAUAGAUAAUAGUUUUUAUGGUCACCCAUCAUGUGAGCAACCCAUGCGAAAGAUGCUUGGCAACAUCGAUCGCAGGCCAUGGCGCUCAUCUACGGCACACAGCCCGUAAUGUUUUAUUAAUGAAAAAUAUUAUUAUUAUUAUUAUUAUUUAAUGUCCAGGAUAGUCAUACUGAUCAAUCACCAGACAGUCUACCGAACUAUGUACCAUCAUAUCCAGGACCGGACUCGGGAGCGCCUAGUCCUGACGGAUGCAGUUUCCAACCAGCUGCUCAAAGAUUUAAAAUUAAUGAGCAGAGGAUAAAACUCCUCACCACUGUGAACCAAAUUGUUCAGCAACGAGCGGAACUAGAAUCAAACCGUAUUACCCUCUCCGGAUUGUUAGACGAACUGCGAAGGAAGCUGAAGAGGAGAAUAGAAGAAUGCCACUUUGAGAAGAAAGAGAAAGUUAGAGCACUAAAGCAAGCGAAUCAAAGGUUAGAAAGAGAGAAAUUUGCCAUCAUGACAGAGAUAGAACAUCUUAAGAGACAUUUGGAGAAAGAAGAGUCGCACCAUGUGAAACAUGUCAGAACUGCUGUAGCGCAGGCAGACAAUAAGCUAGCAGCCGCGAGAUUAAUGCGUGACAUCGCAGAGCUGAGGCAACGCGUGGCACAAGUUGAAGCAAGGCUAGCAAACGAACUAAAGCGUAAGAGGCAGGCUGAGCACGACAUUGCUCGACUGAGGAAGGAACUCUCCGCUACGAAAAGCUGCGUCGCUUCCCUCCGGCUGCCCACCAGGCCGCUCGUCAAGCAUUGCUCCAAGUUCGCUUGA